AUGUCAACCCCCCAAGAAUCUCCCCAACAUAUCCUCAUCCUAGGCGCGGGUGUAAUCGGCCUAACAACCUCCCUCGUCCUCUCCCACACCUAUCCAACCGCUCAAGUCACACUCGCGGCAACCCACUUCCCCGGCGACCGCUCCAUCGCCUACACGUCGCCCUGGGCCGGCGCAAAUUGGUCGUCCAUGGCCACGGACAACGGCCCGCUCGAAAAAUACGACGAGGUAACCUUCCGCCGCUUCGGCGAGCUCAUCGACGGGAAAGCCGUGUUUGGCUGCCAAGCCGUUCACGCGGGCGAAACCAAAAACGUCACGGGAGGUAAUGGGGGAAACGAAACGGGGCUGGGGCGGAUGGGCAUGUGGGUUGUGUUCGAUACGCCGAUUGAAGAGGCGGGGAUUCUGAGCGUGGGGACGGGGAAGGUGUGGUAUGAUGAGUUGGUUGGGGGGUUGAAGGAGUUGGAUGCGGGGAGGUUGCCCCAAGGUGCGGUGUUUGGGGUUGAGAUUCCGAGGACGUAUAGGAUUAAUACGCAGGUUUAUUUGCAGUGGUUACAACAUCAAGCCCUAGCCAAGGGCAUAACAUUGCUUCGCCGCCAUUAUACAUCUGUUGCUUCGUUGCUGGAAGAUGUACCAUCUACGACCCUCCUUGUCAACGCCACAGGCCUCGGUUCCUUGUCUCUGACAGACAUCCGCGAUACGAAUUUGUACCCUACGCGGGGACAGACGCUGCUGGUUGCGGAGCCCAAAGUUCCGAUUGAGAGAAUGUAUGAAUACGAGAGGCUGGGGUACCUUCGCUCCCCCCACCGCAUCGACCCAACAUGCACCUACGUCUUCCCACGCCCGCUGGGCGGCGGCGUCAUUCUAGGUGGCUCGCGAGAAGACAACAAUUGGAGUGCUGAGUGGGAUGAGGAACUCGGAAAGGACAUAUUGAAGCGGUGCUGUGAGUUGUGUCCUGAGUUAGGGAAGCCGGAGGAGGUGCAGGUUUUGGCGAGGAAUGUGGGGUUGAGACCGUCAAGAAAGGGAGGUGUGAGGAUUGAGACCGAGGUAGGCAAGUGGAAAGUACCUGUUGUGCAUUGUUAUGGGCAUGCUGGAGCAGGGUAUCAGGCUUCCUGGGGAAGUGCCGAGCGCGUGCUGGAGCUUGUGCAAAAGGUACUUGCAUCAGGUGCAAAGCUUUGA